AACAACACAGACCAGCUGAAGGAGAAAUCAGAGAGACCUGGACUUCAAUAAGACCCCAGCAGCAGGAAUAAAUAGUUAACUGGUUACACUUAGAGCACAUUAAUGUAACACUGUCAUGUGAUGUUAAGCUGAUCGAGGCAAAGAGGCGUGAGAAAACACACCCUGAGGGAAAGACAGACCAGCAGCAGAGCCAAAGUAGCACACCUUUCAACUAAUUUUAUCAGCCAACUAUAAAAUGAAAGACCAAGACAGAUAAAAGGCCAUACGUAUAAGGCUAAUAAGGCUGAUAAUACACCUGAUACUCAGUAAAUAAUGUGUCAUUAGAUAUUAAAAGUAACUGAGAGCUAUUAAGAUUCAUAUAUACUGUUCAUCAAAAAUAAAAUUUGCUUUCCUGUGUCAGUAUUAAUUUUAAUCUAUUUAGUUAACCUCAACAAACUACUCACAAGAGCUUUAGAAUAGACAAUCUUAUUAUUUUGUGCCUAAAAAUUUUGAUUAAAUAGUCUUUAAUCAGCAUCUAUGUGAGCUUUACUUACAGCCAUAAGUGCAAUACUUGAAGAGGCCACUGGAGGGCACCCAGUCUUCAGGAGAAACGUGUACAGACUGAUUCCUUGAGUGGGGCAGAAUGCAAACUGACCCUUGAAACUGAAUUGUUUAUUCCUACAUCCAGGUGGGUUCAUACUCCUCUGAAACAGCGGUAUCCAUGGUGGGGGUCAUGAGAUGCCUUUCGAAAGCAUGAUUAAUAUCUUAUUUGAAACUACAUAGUUCAUCCAUUAGUUAAGUUUGUAAGUUUAUACAUAAAAAUGAUACAUUUUUAAGUUUAUCAAUGACAAAAACAAGAACUCAGAGUGAACACACUCAAGUUUGACUCAUUUAAAAAACAACAUAUAUAAAAUAAAACAGAUUGGUAAAUGUGAAUGUGGAGUCCUGUACCAGCUAGAAUUGGAUUGGAAAUUUAGAAUAAGAAGAGCACCAUUUGUCAUUUUGAAAUAUGACAUAAAGCUAGAAUCUCUGUGCUGGAGAGGAUACAGAGAUUUUUCCCAGAUUUUUGCCCUAAAACUUAAAUUAUUGGGAAUAUAUAAAAAAGUAAUAAAGAAAAUGUCUAACUAAUCUUGGUGAUCCCUACUUACAGGGUUGGAGAAAAAGUAAAAGUAUUGGUUAGGUAACUCUUGUUAAACACACAUGAAGUAAUCACAGUUAACUAAUGCUGUAACAAUGGAUCCAGAGACUCAAAGCUGUGAACUUUAUGGAAAAAAUAACCCCAAAAUCAGACUUUAUGGGGAUGGAAACCUGGACAAAACAUGCCAAUUAGUUUUGUAUUACUACGCUUUGGUAUAAAUCAGUACUUGAAUGUGUACAUUUGGAUGAGGUGACAUUACAACUUUAUGACUUCUUUAUGACUUUAUCCUUCAGGUCUUAGGUUUGUUUUUCGUCAUGACUAAAAACCAUUUUGUAUUGUAAGCAUGUGGUGUCUGUAUCAAUGAGGUUGUUUGUUAAACAAGUAGUGAGCACAAAGCAGGAAACAUUAAUAUCAUAUGUAUAACUCUUUCUGGUCAUUUACAGCUGAGAGUGGACGUCUGGUUGGAUAAACUCAGGUAUUAAACUCAGGGAAGAUCCUUCAGGUCUCUACAUGUUUCAUCUUUGAUGUUACACUGACAGACUGAACACACGAACACACUCUGUAUUACACAAACACACUACAAAUAGAUGUGUGUGUGUGAGUGUGUGUGCUCCCUCUUCCUCAGGAACACACACAGACAGAGAGAUUAGGACGAGUUAACACCUGAGAUGGAAGCCCGACGACAAACCAGUGUGUGUUUUUUUUCCCCAGGUGUGAACAUUAACAGAGAGACAGGUAAUUGUAGGUGUGAUGAUUCUGUUCAUUAUGCACAUAAACAGAUGAAUACAUGAAUAAAGUUUCAGCCCACUGUCUACCUGUGUACGAAUCUAUCUAUAUCUAAAGCUGCAACAGUAAACUGAAGUGGAUAUUAAGCAGCAACUUGAGUUUCUUAAGUUUCCACUUGGUGCUUCGAUUAAUGACUUGGACUUGUACUCAAACAUGAGCUUUAGCUGCAGGACUUAAAGAUGAACUAAUUCACUGACAAUCACUAUAUUGGUGUUUAUAUUAGUUUAGAGAGGACUGACACGUGUUCACUUGCACAUGAGGAUUCAUGCAUUGUCUUGUUCGGAGGCACCACAAAACAUAUGUUUCAUUUUCAAUAUAUUUUACUGUAAUUGUGAGCAAGAACAGUAAUAGUCCAUGUGGAAAUAUUGGUUGGUUAGAAAAUUUGUUUUUAGAGUUUUUUUUUUUUUUAACUCUUGUGCAGACAAAUUUAUAAACUGUGUGGGGAGGAAACACCAUCAUUUGGACCCUCUGUGGAUAAUGUUGAAUUUAGACGGAAAGUCCUGCACAUCUGAAAACAUCUGACAGACAGAGGGAGGAGAAUGUUUUUUAAGGAGGUAUGCACAAACAGAACGAUUUGGAGGCGAUUCACUUGUAACUUAGUGAGUAAACCCUGUUAAUGAACUGUGCAGUGAAAUUCUACUCAUGAUAAAAACACAGAAAAAGCAUGAUGCUGAGAGUUUGCAUUACUAAUUUGACUGACAGGUUAGUGUUGUAGGUGUUUUUUAAGAGGCUACAGUCUUGCCCCAGCUCCAUGAUGAACACCAUCUUUUGGACCAGUGGGUUACGUCCCUAAAAUUACAUCCAUGUUUUCAGAAAAGUUCACAAUUGUAAAAGUACAAUAAAUAAUAUUGUGUUGCCUGUUGUGCUGCCCCUGUUUUGUCCUGAAUGGACAUACCCUCUAUCUCUAGUUUUGCCAUAACUCAGCAGCCAUUAUUGCUGAGAUUAGGAUUAAAGACUGGCUCUAACAUUAUUAAACAGCAGUUUCAAACUUUUUCUGUUUAGAGGAAACUAUAUCCAAGUGCUCCAUCUACCAUAAAAAGUGACACAUACACACAUUUAAACACUAAAUAUGCUGCGUUUAAUACUUGGUUCUGAUUGGUCAAACCACAUCUCAACUGUGACUGAUCUAAACCACAAUAGAGACACCAACGAAAACCUGAUCACUUUAAAAGCUAUAAAUUAAAAUAUGUUUUAACUGUUAAAGCACAAGACAGAAGUGUGUUUAACAUCCUUUUGCUUUAAAUCAAAUGUGGUGAAGUGGUUGAGUGGAGUGCGGGUAAGUCUGAGACAGCAGCUCAUGUUACAGGUGUGUGAGUGUGUGUAAACAGUCAUCAGUGUGUGUUGUGUGAUGAGAGGCUGACAGGAAGGGUGUGUGGCGCUGAUGUCUUUCAUCUGGAAAUACAGGAUUUAGGAAGAGGAAACUGCAAACACUCAUUUUUAUCUGUCUGUACGCUUUGAUGUUUCACACCGCAAAUAUCACACACACACACACACGCACAUUUACACUCCUGAUAGGAUGUGAUUCAGAAAUGACUGAGGUUAAAAUCUACAGGGGGGUUGUGGAAAACAUCAUUGCAACGAAACAAAACACAUAGAACCAGCAACAUUUUAAAAAAUACAUCUAAAGUUCCCACACUGCAACUUUGAAUGAGGGUGGAGAAUUAAGUGUGUUACAGUUGUGGUGCACAUUUCAGAGUGUGUCGGCUUUUCUCUCGUUACCUCACGUCUCCUCACACACCUGGAGGGGCGGGGCUUGCUUCGGCAAGUAAGAGCAGGUAAAGCUUCAGAGUUUCAUCGUGCAGCGUCAGAGGAGGAAACCAGCAGCAGGAGCAUCCCGAAGGUGAGACAAAGAAAACUCAGCAUCUCAUUAACACUGAAUUUAAACAAAUAUAGCAAUGUAUAUUGUUUAUAUAAAUACACAUAUUUGCUAUCAAUGCAGUAAAUUUAAAAACUAUAGAACUCAAUGCAAUCCAUGUCCAUAGAUCUUAGAUUCCACAAGUUUUGGUUUGCCACUUUUCUUCUUUUACUUUGUUCUUUUGUUCACCAGAUCUUACUUGUAUUUGCAUUUAAAAUCAUCCAAAUCAUGAUUUUCACACUGAUCAAACUUCUGUUCUUUCACUGAAGCUAAAUUCAGAGCUCACAUUUCAGGGUAUGAUCUGGAUAACAAACAUCCACAUUUUGAAACGCACUUUUACCGUUGUCCACGAUCAGUUAAUCCAGAUCACUUUUAACCUGGUUUGAAAUAGAAUUAAUAUUAAGACAAUUUUGAUCCAGAAUUAAACUUUUCAGGAUAACCAAAUCCAGAUUGCUGGAGCUCAAACAAGGACUGCAGCCUCCAUACUUUGUCUGCAGGGGGCGCCUAAAUCCUAACAAACUGAAAGAUCCUGUUCCAUAUUUGACUCUGAUGCUUUUUGGUGGAUGAAGAUCAUUAAUGUUUUCACAACCCUAAUAGUACUGAUUCAAAAAUGCGAAACUUUUCAGAGUACAAAAAUUGUUGUAAAAUUUUUCUACUUAGUUUGUCUAGUCCAAUCUGAAUCCAGCCCUCUGCUGGGACCAGGACAACCUGGAUUUGGAUUAAAAUUAUCCUAAUCUCACUUCAAAGUUAAAAAAAAAAACACAAACUGGAAAAUUGAUCAGGAUAAAAAAUGUUGGAUUACCUGUUUUGUUGAACCCUGGCUGAAAAGAGAAACAACAGUUCUCUCACCUACAAGAUGAACGCACAUCAAUAGAUUAUCAACCCUCAGUAUGUUACAGCAGUUGUUGGCCUUACAUUUAAUCAGAAUGCUUUAUUGUUGGGUGUUGGUGUUCUUCUUUUGUUUCUAAUUUACAAAAACAUCCAUGGGGCCAGUGCAGCAGAUCAGCAUUUUGCAAUAAACACCGAGUGAUCCAUGGAUAAAUGCUUUUGCACCCAUGCUACUGUAAACCAAUAAAUUGACUACAUAAUUGAGAUAGUUUGUAAUUACAGUUAGAUAGUUUCUGCAGUGUCAUAAUUGUUUUUCUGAAGUAAUAGACUGAUUUCUGUGUCUCAACACUGAGCUGAAUGAGUCAAACUAAUUCUUAAAUCACACAUCUGGCAUCAUUGAAAGUAAUAAAAUGAAUAUUUCUUCUCAGAGACUCUAAAGUUUAGUUUCUCCCUCAAGAGACUUAAGACCCUCUUGUUAACAUCUCUUACAUGUCUUCAUUGCUGUCUGUAUUCAAUGGGAUUUCUACAGUGGCUGAGAACCGCCACUGCUGCAAAUAAAAAAGAAUUAAAAAAAAUUUAAAAAAGAGGUCACAACUGAAGUUACUGAUGCAAAAUAAAAAAGAAACCGAAGCUCAGUGCAAAUAAAAAAAGAAAUGGUGCAGAUAAAAAAAAUGUUUAAAAAGCCACAACGGAAGUUAACAGAAAAAAAAAGUGGCGAUGGAACAAAAAAAGUUACUUACUGUGAAAAUAAAAGGAUGCAGAUUAAAACAAAAAAAAAAGAAAACCACUACGGAAGUGAGCUGCCCAGGACCAAUAAUGAUGAUGCAACGGUGAUUUACAAUUUAGGCACAGAAAAUGACGGGCAAAGAAGUAAGUGGAAAGGUUAUUGUUUAAUUUCGGUCAUGAACCUUUCAUUGUGUCAUUUGGUCAGGCCAUGUAGCGCCUGAGUUGAUAUGAAGGUGAUCUGAAGCUAACACUACACCGGCAUCCUCCAGUUCACCUUCAUAUCGGCUCAGGCGCAACAUGGCCUCACCAAAUGACACAUUGAAAUAACAAUAUAAAAUUAAAUAAUAACCUUUCCACUAACUUCUUUGCUUGUCUUCUCGCCGUCGUCUUCUGUGCCAAGAUCAUAAAACACCAGUGCAUCAUCAUUAUUGGUCCCGGGCAGCUCACUUCCGUUGUGGCUUUUUUAAAAUUUGCAUCCUUUUAUUUUCCCAGUUAGUAACUUUUUUUCUUUUUUUUUUGCAUUGCCAUUUUAUUAUUAUUAUUAUUUGCACUGUUAACUUCCGUUGUGGCUUUUUAAGGAAAUUAUCUACACCAUUUCUUUUUUUAUUUGCAGCAGGCUUUGGGUUUUUUUUUUUUUUUGAAUCAGUAACUUUCCUCAUGGCCUUUUUUUUUUCUUUGCAUUCUUUUUUGUUUGCAGCAGUGGUGGUUCUCAGCCACCGUAGCGUUCCUAGAAAAAAAAUAAAAAAAUACUACAAAAAAUAAAUAAAUAAAACAUUCCAAAGUGUGUCAGAAGCAGUGAUUUAUGUUUGAACUCAAACAGAAGAAUAAAAGUGAUAUAGUGAUGAUUUACCUGAGAGCUCCAGUUUUAUAGAGCAAGAUAGCAAAGCGCCAACUUGCUAAAAUCAUGCAGCAUGCUAAUCCUUGUCCUCGUGUUAAGGUGCUUCUGCAUUAGCUAAAAAAAACAACUUUACUCCGAUUGUGUCUCAACAGGACUCAGAUGGUCUGAGGAUGAGCGUUUACUGAGAUCUCUGCUGGUCUGGAAAGGGGGUCUCAGAGGUCCAAUCAGGUCCCCAAAAUGAGCACCUUUUCUCCCGCGUCUUACCUGAGCUUCAGUCUGUCUCCCCCUCCCGGUCACAGAGAGGACGUCCCACAGCGUUCUCUGUCCGGCUCCGUCCCCUUCCUCCUCUACCCCUCCACCAUGGACCCCUACAAAGGCUCUCUGAGGGGUCCUGGUCUCUUGCCUUACCUGUCCUCCUUUCACCACCAUGGACACUUCAGUGUCUAUGAAUGUCCUUUCGAGCCGGCGUUCAUCCAGAAGCGGAACGAGCGCGAGCGUCAGAGGGUCAGGUGUGUGAACCAGGGUUACGCCAAGCUGAGGGAUCACCUGCCAGGUCAGAGCGCCGACAAGAGGCUGAGCAAGGUGGAGACGCUAAGGGCCGCCAUCAGGUAUAUCAAGUACCUGCAGGGCCUGGUGGAGCUGGAGGAUGGCAGGCUCAGUGAAGGAGAGUCUCCCAUCACCUCGUCUCCAGGACCGGACUGUGGAGGAGAGUCUGAGGGGGUCACAUGUUGAACAAACAAGUCUGAGACUGGGCCUCUGUGAACUUUAGAAAGAGAGGCUGGAACAGUAGAAAAGUCUGAUGGACCGAAAUGAUCUCUGUUUUUUGACAGAAGUUGCAUUUAGUUUAAGUUAUCCGAAGUCCAUCAAAGUCUGAACAGAAGACUGAAGGAUGGUUUUAAUCUAGAAAAUAGUUCUUGGGCUAUUAAAAGUUCACUUUAUAUAGUUUUUUCACAUUUAUGGUAAUGUUUUCAAGAUAACCUUGAUCAUAAGACCCCCCUUUCCAAGAUCUAGUCAAAAAUAGUCGAAAAGGUUUGAAGGUCAAAUGGUGGAGAAAGACCAUGGCUGCAGAUUUAGAGGAGCUCCUGAAGAGAGUGUGCAAUUAGAAGACGGACCUGUUUGGAUCUGAGCUGUUUAAAUAAAAUGAAGCAGUCUCACAAACUCAAGUUGUUCCUUUAGUGUUGGUUAUACAAACUUUUCCAGUAUAACUACAACUACAAAGAUGAUAAUAAAGAUCAUUCAUAGUUGUUGGAAAAUGUCUUUUUAGGUUAUAUCUGAUCUUCUUUGUUCUCUGUUAUAUUACAAAAUAUUGUAUUCAUAUCAUUUUAAAUUAAAACAAUUGUAUUAAAUAUAAUGUAUUAUACUAUGUAAUGUUAUAUUAUGGUAUAUUACAAAAAACCACAAUACUAUAUUUUUCAUACUUAUGGUAUUUACAUCAAAUUAUAUUAUAUUAUAUUAGCUGGUCACACUUUGAUGUCAUUUAGGUGGCAACAUAAAAAGCUCACUGACUUUUUUUUGACACAAACACCAAAUGAUCUCCAUCCUGUCCUAGUUUUUGAUAAGAAUGUGGGACAGUGGGAAUGUCGAGUCUUGGUCUUCCUAGUCUUCACUGUAACUGGCAGAGGUGUGAGCUCACCUACGCCAAUUACAGCCAUCUGCACCCAAGUGAAAAAAUGAAUCAGAGUAAGUCAGAAAAAGAUUUAAAAAAUAAAAUAAAAACAGUUUAUCAAUACCACCUGGAGGAUGCUGUGGUAAUACGAUAUUGCUACUGGUGAACUUUCUAGGACUUCGAGAAGAAACUUAAUAUUUGCUGUAAAAUCUGCAAUCACAAAAUUUUCCAAUUUGACUCUAUACUUUGCAAUUUAUAAAACUAAAGUCUUCAACUAUUAAAGUUUAAGACUUUAUUAGACUAUAAAAGCAAAGACAACUUGGUGAUGAAAAGACUUGAUAACAGCAGAGAUCCAGGUGGAGGUAAACGACUGAGCAUGCGCCAACAGGUCACUCUGCUUGCAGAACUAUGCAAUUGAAAGGUGUCAAAUUAAAUCAACAAACUAAAUUUUAAUUUUUUUUACUGUUAAAAUUUGUGGGGGGAAAAAUUACAAAGACCAGACUGUGGUUCUAAGAAGGCUUCUAUGGUGAUAUCCGAAGAGGGGAUAAGGUAUAGUUGCUGGCCCUGAAAAGUAGAAUCCUUAGACCUGACAAAAGGCCUCACCAUAGGGGUCCAGUCGCUCCUCAGGUCAUUUUGACAUCCAUGCUGGGAUUCAGGUCAUUCAAGGCUGGUCUAAGACAGACAUUUUUACCACAGUGUCAACAUGCAGAGAGGGAAAAUUCAAGUACUUCACCUCUAUUCUGAGUUUUGAUUAGUGUCAUUUUAGUGGCUGGGUUGUAGGGUUACAGCCCAUUAAAUCUGGUAUUAAUCAGUAAAAAGAUAAAUGAUUAAUAAAAGAAACAAACCCUGGCUGGUUUAGAUCCCACUUUGGUCCAGACUCUUUGCAGGUUCAAAUCAUCCAAAUGAAAUCCAACAAGGAUCAGGGGCCAUCUUCCUGAGAGGACGGAAGCAAUACCGUUUCAUGACUGCACAGCUCAAGAGACUGCAUGAAAAAUAUACAAAAGAGGGAGUCUAGGUCUUCUGGGUAACAGAGUCUUCAUCAGGAUGCCAAUGAGCCUGCAGUUCCUCAUCUUCAGAUAGAGCAAAAGAAGACACCUGCUGGAUUAGAAAAACAGGACCUCUGUGGACUGACCCACGUCUCAGUCCA